UUUGAAUCUUCACAUGACAAUUUUGGUUUUCUCCUUGAUCAGAUUCGGCCUGAUAGACAAACAUUGUACUGGAGUGCAACAUGGCCAAAGGAAGUUGAAUCGUUAGCGAGGCCGUUUUUAUGCAACCCGUACAAGGUUAUUAUUGGAUCACCUGAUCUGAAAGCAAACCAAUCUAUUAACCAAGAUGUUGAAGUCAUGACAGAGAUGGAAAAGUACAACAUGUUUGUUUUGGCAACUUGUUUCAUGGAAAGUUUUUUUUUUGAUAUUGUGAUAUUAAAUACUGAUUUCAUGGAGACAAAGAAGGGAUGUGAUCAAGUUACUAGGCAGCUCAGAAUGGACGGAUGGCCUGUCCUGUCCAUCCAUGGUUAUAAAAAUCAGGCUGAAAGAGAUUGGGUCCUGGCUGAAUUUAAAAGUGGCAGAAGUCCUAUAAUGACUGCCACUGAUGUGGCUGCAAGGGGUCUUGAUGUAAAGGACAUAAAGUGUGUUAUCAACUGUGAUUUUCCUACAAGUUUGGAGGAUUAUGUACACAGGAUUGGUAGAACUGGACGAGCGGGGCCUAAGGGAACUGCUUUUACCUUCUUCACAAAGGCAAAUGCGAAGUAUUCUAGGGACCUUAUGAAGCUCCUACAAUAUGCGGGGCAGGUCGUCUCCCCCGCAUUGUCCACAUUGGCUCGCUCUGCAACUUCGAAGUUUGGAGGUUCUGGAGGAAACUUCUGCUCCAGAGGACGUGGCGGCUUCGGUAACUGGUCUUUGAUAUCAGGAUCUAAUGCUGUAUCUCUUGGUGGAAAGAAGAGGCCCUGGUAGCUCGCCUAGAAUCGGUGCCGCUAUGAACCCCCUGACCCUUAAGGGUUUAUUGUAGGAAAUUAUAUCUGUGUUGUGUUGUAGGAUAUUGAGGUUUCCUAGAUUGUCUUUAGAUUUCAUGUCAUCAUAUCUUAUUGUUAACCUUUAACAAUCAACAGAUAGAAAAUGUUAGUUUGCUAGUCAAGUUAAUUGUUGAAAGAUUGCUUUCCCACCAAGUUUGUGCAGUCUGUCUGAUACCAGAAAGAUUAUCACCAAUUUGAGAAUAGAAAUCUGACAUUUUUAAGUCUUU